CUUUCAACUUUAGGCAGUUUGCUUACUGACCCUGGUUUAAAAAGCACAGGCUGUAGCUGCGAUCCAUGAGCCGACGCUAGAAGAGCAAUUUUGUUCAGGGAACACCAGACAAACCACUGGACAGUCGCAGAGGUUGUCUUAAGGACGGGGCCGUGGUCUUCCAUUCGAAAAUUGAGCGGUUUGUCGGAUUCCAUUGGACCUUUGACCACCACUCCCAUAACUCCGCCCGAGCGAACCGCGAAAACCUUCAAGGGGGUACACCUAAUCAUAAAAAUAUAGGUUCUAUUUCUGGAUAGUUACGUGUUUGUUCGAGUCGUCGAAGAAGACAUUUGUGAGCUGGUUGACGGCUUCAAAACGGACCGGGUUUUCAGAUAAUUCCAAAUAAAAAUCACUUGACAUUUUCAAUUCUAACCUCAACUGUCACAUUGACGUAAAAAUGACAGCUGUCAUAACAAUUGCCAAUAAAUUACCUGUCAGGAUUUUUACAAAUUCGUCUUGUGGGUUGAAAUCUUUUAGAAAUAUUAGAGAGUUAUCUAAUUUGCAGAUGUCAAAUUGUAUUUUUUGCAAAAUUAUCUCAGGUGAUACCCCUGCUGAAAUCUUCCAUCAGGAUGACAAAAUGAUUAUUUUCAAGGACAUUAAACCAGCCUCGAAGCACCAUUUUUUAGCUGUACCAAGAGAACACAUUCCUAACGUGAAUAGUCUUUCUAAAAAUCAAAUCCCAUUAAUUAAUGAUUUAAUAGCCAAAAGUAAAGAGGUUUUGGCUGACAAAGGAGGUAACCUUGAUGAUACAAGACUUGGUUUUCAUUUACCGCCAUUUAAUUCAGUAUCACAUUUGCAUUUGCAUGUUAUAUCACCAGUUUCAGAAAUGUCUUUCGUAAGCAGUUUAGUUUUCAAACCCAACAGUUGGUGGUUUACUUCUGUGGAUCAAAUAUUGGAAAAAUUAGAAAAAAGCAAAUUAUGAGAUUUUUAUAUCAUACUCUAUUGGUAGGGUUAUAAGACAUAUAAUAUAAAAAAUAAAAUAAAACCUAAUGGAAUGGUUAGUGGGUUAAUAAAUACAAGAGGUAGAAACAAUAUGAAAUGUUCUACAUUGGACCUGUAAACUAUUUUCACUGAAAUAAAGAAAUUGAAAUUAA